AUGUUUGAGAGGAGUCGCUUAUCUGGCUCAUCAAUAGUCUCUAAAGCUUUAGAGGAAGCGGAGAUUUGGUAUAAGUUUAACUUGAAUUUUUCUCCUCCUGUGGAAGCUCAAAAUUCUUCUAUUAAUCAUCAGAGUGGAUGGGAGAAACCGCCUCCAGGGUUUGUCAAAGGUAACAUUGGAAUGGCGUGGGUUGGUUCAGGACCCUUCACCGGUGCUAGUUGGGUUACACGAGAUAGACACGGGCUUCCUAUACAUCACAGUCGUCGCGCCUUCUGCUCCUCUCCCUAUAAACGAGAAUCAGAUCUGAAUUCUCUGCUUUGGGCUAUAGAAGCGAUGGGUAGCUUGAGACAAAAGUAA